UACACGUGUUCCGGUCGAACUUGCGUAAGUGCAUAUUACAUAUAUUCUCGGUCGUUCUUCUUACGAAACUCGUGUUUAUUUUGUCUGAAAGACUCACCAAAGGAGGAAACUCUCGCCAGGAUAACAUGUUUUCCACAGCUCUGCAACCACAGGUUGUGACUGUAUUGACUCAGUUCUCUUCCCAACUGAGUGGAGCUCGGGCCUCAUCUACAGAGAGUUGGAGUCGAAAUAAUCAUCGCAGAAAUCAUCGGCAAAAGUCAUGGAAACGAGAGGACAGGUCAGCCGAGAGCGAUGUACGACAGAUGGAACAGCUGAUAAAUCUACUCAACUUGGAAUAUCUGCCUAAGAAUUUGUCAGCCCUAGAGUUAUGCCCCUUGACAAGUCCUCAUGUUGAUAGACUGGGGAUAGAGAAGUAUACUUCAUCGCCAACUUUCUUUGAGAACAAAUAUGGUUUUGGGGACACUAGUUUUGAGAGACCUGUGCAAACUCCUACAGUUUGGAGACCUAAGCUUUUCCUACAACCUCAAAAAGCUGGUAAUGGUAUGUCAAUACGUCAGUUUCAUGUUAGAAGGACCACUGGAGGGGAUUUGGAAAGGCAGGAUUUGAAUGAUAUCAAGAAAACUUUAGAGAAAUUUGAAUCACGACAACAGGCAAUGUUAAAGGAGUUUGCUGGUUCUAAGACCCAGUCGAGUGUGGAUUUGAUGAAGACACAGCACAUUAAGGGACUGGAGGAGAAAUACCAGGCUAUCCUUCAGCUGAUGAAGGAAGAGAAGACUCAGAAAUCGCAGUCCAAGUACUUCAACACCUUCCUGUUACACCUGCUGAAGGCUCUAGGCUUCAUUGGCAUCAUUAUAUUGUUCUACAGAUCGUCUGCACUCAUGACUAACAAGAAGACAUUCAGCAUCGUUGAAAAGGACCAGGUCAAGGAAGCGUUUGAAGACGUACAGGGAAUGGAUGAAGUCUUAGAGGACAUGAAAGAUGUGGUGAAAUUCCUGCAGAAUCCUCAGACUUUUACAGAUGUUGGUGCCAAGAUUCCUAAAGGAAUUUUGUUAGACGGACCCCCAGGGGUCGGCAAGACGAUGUUAGCUCGAGCUGUAGCAGGCGAGGCAGGAGUCCCCUUCAUUUAUGUAGCAGGCUCCGAGUUUGAGGAGAUUUUUGUUGGAGUUGGUGCAAAAAGAGUUAGAGAAUUAUUUGCAACAGCGAAGAAGAUCUCACCAUGCAUCGUGUUUGUUGAUGAAAUUGACAGUUUGGCGGCUAAGAGAACUUCUAGUCCAUACGUCCACCCAGCGGCCAACCAGUGCCUCAACCAGUUACUGACGGAAUUAGAUGGAUUUGAGCAAUCCACAGGGAUCAUUUUGAUAGGAGCAACAAACAGGAAAGACGUUAUUGAUCCGGCCAUGCUGAGACCAGGGCGAUUUGACAUGCACAUUUCUGUGGAUAGGCCUGACCAAAAGGGCAGGGAGAAGCUGUUCCAGCUCUAUCUAGGCAAAGUGCGGAGUGACACAGCUGUAAAUGUGGAGAAUUUGGCUAAAGGCUGUGUCGGCAUGACAGGGGCGGACAUUAGUAAUCUUGUGAACCAGGCAGCACUGAAGGCGGCUAAGGACGGGGCGGACAUCGUGGGGAUGAGUCACCUGGAGUACGCUAAGGACAAAAUUCUCAUGGGUACAGAGAAGAAGACACGAACACCGGACGAGGAGGCUAACUGGGUCACGGCGAUACAUGAAGCGGGACACGCUAUCGUGGGGCUGGAGUCGAAGUCGUCUGCCUCCAAAGUCUACAAAGCCACGAUCAUGAAGCGAGGCCAAGCUCUAGGCCAUACUCAGUUUUUGCCUGAGAAGGAGGAAUACACUCACAGCCGAGUCCAGCUGAUGGCACAGAUGGACAUCGCGAUGGGAGGUCGGGUCGCGGAGGAAAUCAUGUUCGGAACCGACAAAGUCACAACAGGAGCUGCCUCAGAUUUCAGCCAGGCGACCAGGAUAGCUAAGAGUAUGGUCAUGUUGUAUGGAAUGUCCGAGACGCUUGGAGCCCGUGUGUAUACAGAGGAGGAUCUAACUUUAUUGAGUUCACACAUGAGAAAAGAAAUUGACGAUGAAGUCAACAAACUUCUACAGGAUUCCUAUUGCAGAGCGAAAACACUUCUUACUAGUAAAAAGGACAACCUGAAGAGACUGGCAGAAAACUUGAUGAAAUAUGAGACUUUAAAUAUGGAAGAAAUCAGCGAGGUCAUGGCUGGGAAAGAAGUUGUUCGAACAUGACAAGGGCAUUGUGAGAUCCAGUAACAUUGUAACUCUGUUGGAGUGUGGAGAUGUGAGAGAUCAUGUGAUUGUUGGAAGGAAUUUCAUUGGCUGAAUGCUGUGUGUACAUGGAUUUUAUUGGUUGAGUUUUCAUAGGCUGAAUGCUGACUGUACAUAUAUCUAUGAAGUGAUACAGAUUUUUUAAUUCAUCGAAAAUCAUCAAAUUUUGUGACUGGCUCCGCCUGAGUGAGCGUUUCUGAUAAUGAUUUUGUUUAUUGUCAUUGGAGUAUUUAUCAUUAUUCUACGGUUUUUAUUCCUUUUUAAUAACCACUUGCCAAACGCCCAGCAAACUUGAUACAAAGUGUCUUUUUAUAGAGGGUACUCAAGUUCAAAAGAAGGGCCGAGUUCAUGUCCAUGGGGAUAUGGCCAUGUUGUAGUAAGGAUAGUGUGGUGUGUGGGCAAAAACUCGUAGGAAACUCCUGGCACCAGGGCUCGAAAGCUUAGAUGAGCUCACUUUUUAUCCAAGUGUCAUUUUUUCGCUUCAUGUUCUUUAUAUAAAAGUGAUACUGAGAUCAAAAGUGAGCUUGUCUAAGUUUCAUGUCCUCAGAGACUGCUCCGGAAAAGUCGGAAGUAUUACAAGAUCGCUUCCUUACCUGUAAAGAUUUGGGUUUCUUUAAAGUACGAUGACAAGUAGAAAGGGGGGGGGGGUAAGAAAUUGGUAAAGAUAUCAAGGGUGGUAUGUGUCAGAUUAUAGAGUUUUACUUGGGGAAACAAAAGGAAUGUCUUCAAACAGUGUUCGUCUGGGGAGCUAUAAGGAAACAGACUGUUGAAUUCCAAGCAUCCUCAUGUUCUGUACAGCCAAGAAUGUGCACAUCAGAAGGUGUGGGCCUGGGCAGGUUCACAGUAAGGGGUUAUAUUUGUGUGGGCCUGGGCAGGUUGACAUUAAUGGGUUAUAUCUGUGUGGGUCUGGGCAGGUUCACAGUAAAGGGUUAUAUUUGUGUGGGCCUGGGCAGGUUCACAUUAAUGGGUUAUAUUUGUGUGGGCCUGGGCAGGUUUACAGAAAGGGGUUAUAUUUGUGUACUCUCUCCACUAGUGUACUGAAUUUGUUUUAACUUUCUGGAAAGGUGAGCUUUGUUGCCCAAGGUUUUUUUUUUUUAUAAAAUUCUAAAUGUGGAAAAUCAACUGUGCUGUAAUGUCUUCAAAGAAAAAAGUGGUUAACAGACAGCUGAAGACGGCACGCAUUAUUCGUUAAUCAUCAAAGAAAAAUUAUUUUUUCUGAGCAUUUCAUUCAUCAGACUUUUGUUUUUUCUAAGUUUCCUUGGGCAGUUUUACAGAUAUGGUUCAUUGUUUCGUGUGAAGUUAUUAGCAAACAUCUUGCAUCUGCUUUUUACAUGUGUUCGUUGUGUUUAUGUUCUGUACUGUUCGUACAGAUCCCAACGGUUAAGAUAUUUAUUUAAGAAUUAAGUUCGUUGGUUUCCUUGAAGCCAGGUUGCACUGAUUAUUUCUGACACAGAUUGCAUCAUCACAUAGAACACAUAAGCUGUUCAUGUUGAAAGGCCAAUGGUACAUGCCCUAAUCUAAACUUUUUAAUUUUCAUCUUUUAUCCAUAACAAAGACGUUUUCCUCAGCAUUGUUUCACGGCUAUAGUAUGUUUUUUAGGGAUGGGGUUUGGGUUGCAGCCACCCCAAACCAUGUGUAUUUAGAUUAAACAGGGACUUGUUUAAUAUCUUCAAUUAUGUAAGGGGUGAGAUCAAAAGUUCAAUGUUUGACUAAAAACUAAAUUCACUUCGUUUUCACCAAGAACCCCACCCACCCCACCCCUUCUUUUCAACUAAAUAUGACGAAUGUUGAAGCUUAUCAAUUGACAAAGUAAUGAAGGAAAAACAUACCAUUAUAAAUAACACUCUGUAUACCUAUUCUACUGUUUAUUCACAAAUAAAAAGGAACAUUAAAACUAUGUUCAAUAAAUUAUGAUAUUAUGUAGUUUUUUAAUUAACAGUUGCUUAUCUUUUUCUCUUUCCACUGAAGUGUAAUCGACGUUGGAUUACAGAAACUUAUGGGAGAUUUUAUCCCCUCCCAACUAUUCGAAUUUAGAUUUUUAUCCGACGUUGAUGUUUAAUGUUUACUAAAUAUGAUUCCAAUUAAUGGAGUCUGAACCCUACAUAGAAAACUGCUUGGUGGGGGCCAUGAUGGAUAGACGUGUGCCAUUUAUUUAUUAAAAAAAAAAAAUCUUUUGGACAGGUAUAAUGAUAUUCACGAUGGAACAUGGUCACUUGGAUAUUUUUCAAAAAUGAUGUUUUUUGAAAUGUUGUAAGGUUUUGGGUGCAUAUUUUGUGAUUUAUUAAGGCAUCUGUUCAACAGAGGCAGUCGUUGAAUAGUGUUAGACAUGCAUCAUGUUGUGUUUAUUGUUAUGUGUGUGUGUAUAUAUAUAUAUAUAUAUAUAUUUUUUUUUUUGCAAAUCUAUUGUAUUUGCAGAAAUACUUAUUGAAGAUGAAUUGAAAGAAAACGCUUUCAUGUACUGUGUCACGUCUUCAAGAAACACAAUGGAAAAUUGUACCUAUAUUAUUAUAAAAGAAAUUAUGUCAGAUUGACAGUAAUGUGGAAGGAAAUAUUUUGUCACCUUGUCAUGUUCAGGAGAAGGUUUUUUGUCUGAUACCUUUGAAAUAGUUCACUGAGACCUGUAAGAAUGUCAUCAUGUAAUACUGCCCACUCCAAUAAUUUAUCUGUAGAUAAGAAGGGGGGGUGUCAUUUUAUGAGGACUCCACAUAGAAACUUUUGUAAGGAGUCUUCUAGAACAUUCAAUAAAAGUUCACUAUCA